AUGUCGAUUUUGUCUAGGAUUGCAGUUGAUCUGCAUGCGUUCCCACGAGAUCAGACUAUCGAGAAGUGGUACAGUCUGGAGGACACCAAUGCCUCGUUGCUAUUGCUCAUCACCGUAUCCGGUAGCCAUUCGAAAGAUACAGUUGUGGAUUUGACUGAAUUUAAUCAGAACGAUGUGCGAAAUUCGAUUGUCGAGCGCUAUGAUUUGCUGCACACAUUUGAUGACAUGAAGGAUAUCGGACUGCUCACGGUUAAAGUAUUUCGGGCUGAAGAUCUAAUAGCGAAGGAUAUUGGAGGAAAGAGCGAUCCGUUUGCUGUUCUCGAAUUGGUGAACACACGACUACAAACGCAUACCGAAUACAAGACGCUUAAUCCGCAAUGGAACAAACUUUUUACAUUUUCUGUUAAAGACAUACACACAUGUCUUGAGGUGACCAUCUAUGACGAAGAUCCGAACAAUAAAUUUGAAUUUCUCGGAAAAGUCUCCAUUCCACUGUUAUCGGCUAGUCUGUUUCGCAACACUGUCUUGCAGUUGAAAGAAUAUGGCCUGACAAUAGUGGAUUAUAAGAAUUACAUUGAAAGCUGUUUCGAUUGGGAUUCAACGUCCAGAUCAAUCACUGCCUUUGUGCGGGUUGCGGACGAGAUUACCUUAUCUGGUCGACCUGACACCAACUGUUCCGCUUUCUGCGAAGACGAUGACGUUGCGGAAGAGGAAAAAGUAGGUUGGCGAUUGUCCUAA